AUGGCGAAGAGAGGGAGAAUGGUGAAGUGCUCGGCGGAAGGAAACGGCAGCGGGUGGGAGAAGAAGGGGAUUAUGAGCGCUUCGCUGAUGGCGGCGGUGGCUGCAGGUCUGGAAAUGGAAAACCCAAAAACCCUUGGGAAAACCCCAGGCGAUGAAGUGAAGCUGAAUGAGGAAAGGAGGGGAGAUUUUUUUGGCAGAGGAAGUCUACCCAAAGACAGAGAAGAAGAAGAAGAAGAAGAAGAGGUCACGGGCAGAGAAGAAGAGGAGAAGGCCGUUAAAAAGUUGGGACAGUGGGGAGAGUGA